AUGAGCAGGAACAAUCCAGUUUUACGUCCUCGCUAUACACCCUCUACCUCAUCUCAGCUUCAAGACACCGCAGAACAAUCUCUCUCAAUGCAGGCUCCAGUCGAUCCCGACGAGAGCAUGCCUGCUGCCUCAGAUUUUGUGCGCAAACUGUUCAGGAUGCUAGAGGAUCCUGCCUACUCCUCCAUCGUAUGCUGGGGUUCCCAACGCGAUUGCUUUAUCGUCAAAGACAUGACAGAGUUCACAAAAGUCAUCCUUCCUCGUCUCUUCAAACAUUCCAAUUUUGCUAGUUUUGUUCGCCAACUUAAUAAAUAUGAUUUCCACAAGGUCAAAAACACCGACGAGAAUGCCUACGGAGAGCACUGUUGGACAUUUCGUCACCCCAAGUUUCGGGCUGAUCAGCUCGAAGGACUCGAGGACAUCAAGCGCAAGUCUGCCCCAACGAGGAGGGGUAGCACUCGUCCCAAUCAACCUGCACGAUCCAAGUCCCCGUCCGACUCCCAAUUGCACCACGACAUGGGCGAGUCCCCUCUC